AUGUUGCUUAACCUCAAGCCCGAUUGGAAGAAAGAUGUUUUAAAUCGGUCAGCCGUCUCCUCUGAAAACCAACAGGAACAUCUUGACACCGGUCAGACAAUGGAGGAGUCAGAUGAUGAUUUUAAAGAACUGUGCAGCAGCUAUUUCCAAAGGGUGAAAAAGAGUGGACCCAAGGAAUUGUCACGAGAUAGGAAGAAGCCAAAGGCCUCAAGCAGCACUCAGAUAAGAAACAAACUGAAAAAGCCCAGACAGACUGCCAGCAAGAGCAAAACCCUCCCAGGCUCAACGGAGAAGAAGUCACGAGUUGGCAGACAGGCCUCACGGGCUGCCAAUCGAGGAGCUGCCAAGUCGCAAGAGCAGGAGCCGAUAACGCCCACGGAGAAUGGGGCGGACCACGUGCUCCCGCCCGCACAGGUGCCUGCGGUGGAUCUGCCUGCACUCGGAGAUGGUGUUCAGAACCCCCAGACAGGUGCUCCCAUCGGUGAUGUCCAAUCUCCUGCUUCCGGGCCGAUCCCAGUGGUGCCUAGUCCUUCCAAGCCGCGGACAACAGAGCUGGUCCUUCAGCGAAUGCAGCGGUUCAAGAGAGCAGACCCUACUCGUCUGAGACAUACUUCCGGCACAUGCUCAUUCGAGGCAGCAACUGCAGAAAACACCCCAGAGGACCCUCAAGAAGAGACAGUGGUGGGGAAUGGCUAUGAACCCACGCCCCCUGCCACAGAGAGCGACAUGGCGGUGGCCCUCGCCCUGCAGCAGGAGUUGGGGCAGGAAGCAGCACCCGCCCAUGCAGAUGACUUGGAGGAGAAAGGAUGGUUUUUCUGCCAAAUCUGCCAGAAGGACCUGUCCACCAUGAACGUGACGCGGAGGGAACAGCACAUGAACAGAUGUUUGGAUGAGGCGGAAAAGGCACUGAGACCCUCUGCCCCUCAGGUCCCCGAGUGCCCCAUCUGUGGCAGAUUGUUCCUCACCUUCAAGAGCCGAAGCAGUCACCUGAAGCAGUGCGCAGUGAAGAUGGAGGUCUGCCCCCAGCUCCUCCUGCAAGCUGUGCGACAGCAGACAGCACAACUCGAGGGGGACUGCAGCCCCACCACCCCCAGCUUCAGCCAUCAAGUUGGAAGUCUGAAACGGAAAGGAGCCCCCAACAAGAAGGAGCCCCCCAAAAGACGGAAGAUCAACCAACCGGAGGCACCCUCUGAGGACCUGCUGAUGGCCAUGGCUCUGUCCCGAUCGGAGGUGGAGCAGUCCGGGCCUGAGCCAACGCUCAAACUAGAGAGUGCUUUUUCCAAGUGGUUUAAGCCAGGAGCAGACAAGAAAAGCCGUAGGAAGCAGCUCACCAGCUCCCUGCCCCCACUGCUGCUCCAGGAUUCCGAGGCUGCGCAGCAACACACAGAGAAGCGAGUGGCCAUGCUCUUUGCAGAGGAGGUAGUGAUCUCCAGCACGCCGCCACUGCCCAAGAGUGGACUCUUGAAGAAAGAGUCGGAGAAAGCUGGCUGGCGUCUGCAGCUUGCUGAGGGGAGGCAGAAGUUUCUGUGGGAGGGCAGCGCCCUGGCUGGAAGCUGGACCUUAGAGGCCUUCUACACGACUAACUUGGUCCCGCCCAUCGUGCCCCGGCAACCCGUCCAGGGUCUCAAGAAGGAACCAACAAGUCCAGUAAUGCAGCCUGACCAGCUGAAGCUGGAUGCAAGCCCACCGCUCAUCCCCUGUGGCCCCAGAGUGGACUCUGUGGAGCCUGUUGGCCAGAAGGCAUCGCCCUCCUCCAGCCAGAAGGAGCGCCAGGCCCUGCAGGACCUCAUGGACCUGGCGGGAGAGGGGCUGGGGCCCAGCAGCGGGGGCCUGGCUGACUGGGGCGGAGAAGCAGCCGUAGAUUUGGUGCCCAGCAGCCUCCCGCUGUCGGGGUUCGUCCUGCCACCCCAAGAGGAGCAUCUGGAGAGGGGCAGCCGCACCUCGCUCUACCUUGGCCUGCUGCUCUCUGACUUCGGAGCCAUGGUCAAUAACCCACACCUGAGUGACGUCCAGUUCCAGGUGGACAGUGGGGAGGUGCUUUACGCCCACAAGUUUGUGCUUUACGCGCGGUGCCCACUUCUCAUCCAGCACGUAAACAGGGAAGGCUUCGUCGCUAUAGAAGAUGGGGACCUGAGGACCCAGCGCGUCCUGCUGAGUGAUGUUAGCACAGAGGCAGCCCGGGCCUUCCUGCACUACCUCUACACUGCAGACACUGGCUUGUCCUUCUCCCUGGCUCCUGACCUGCAUUCCCUGGCCCUCAGGUUUGGUGUGAGUGAGCUUGCCCAUGUGUGUGAACAAGCACCUCUGGAGACGGACGCACACAGUGCUCCCUGGAAGAAGGAAGAGGAGGACUGUGUCAGCAGAGCGGACAACUUCCAAGAAGUCUUGAGGUCAAUGUGGCUGGACGAAGAAGGAGACGCAGAGGCCCUGGCAAAGCCUGAGGGCCAUGGAGAGGACAGAGAAAAGGUGGACGAGGUCGAGAUGGAAGAAAUUUAUGAAUUUGCUGCUACUCAGCGGAAGCUACUCCAAGAGGAAAGAACAGCAACAAGAGACGAAGCAGCUGACCAGCUCAGGGAGGAGUGUCCAGCUCCUGCGUGUGUCCUGGCUCAAGGGCAGCUAGAAGAUGCAGGACACAAGGAGUCGUCUGGGCAAGGAAGUGACCCGAGCCUGGCAGCGCCCGUCUCCUCCCGGGGCCAGCGUCCCCACGGGGAGGAGGACUCAGGACCUCCUGAGCAGGAAGCCAUGUGGAAAGCACCUGGCCAGUGCAGCUCCUCCAGCCCUCCUGGCCGGUUUCGGGCAGGAAGGAGAGGCCGCUCCGUUUUGUACACCUUUGAGGAUUCUGAGCAGUUUUUCUCAGCAACUCAAGGGGAAUACUCUGAACCCACCCAGAUAACAGGCAAGCAAGAGGACCACAAGGGGGUGUCCUGUUCCCCCCGAUGCCAGCAGGCACCUGCAGUGCAACAGCCCACCUGGGGCGUGAGUCCCCCCCGGCCACACCCCCGGCCUCACCAUGCAGGUGAAUCAUCCCUGUUGACACCACGAUCGAGAUCGCAGACUGUGACUUCCAGGGUGGUCUCCUGGGAUUCCCCAGUUGUAGCAUCGAAGCAGAGGCGGGACAGUGGUGUCCCUGCCUUCCUUCCAGACCCAGGCCACCAGGGAGGCCGAGGUUCCAUGGGGGCCUCUCCAGGAAAGUCCUCGUCCAUUGACCUCACCCAGUCAGACUCCGCCCCCUCCAGUUCCAGCCCUGCGCACGCCUCUUCAGCUGUGAGCAGAGACACUGAUGUGAUUCUGCUGCUAGAUUCAGACGAGGAGCUGGAGCUAAAACAGACUAGAGCGAGACCUGUGCCCAGUGACCUCGUGGAGGAAAAGAAAGUGCUGGAAGUCAGCCCCAGGUCCUCAGAGCUCUUUUCCGUCAUUGACAUCGACGCGGAUCUGGAAUGUUCUCCUAGCCUGCCAGGAAGGGAAGCCGAGCUUCAGCAGGGGGCAGGCGAGCUGCCAGGGAACCGGGGCCACGUAGGUGACAGAGGGCGACGUGGGCUCUUCCAUCCUGGGGAGAGCAGCCCUGAGGAGGACAGUGCCACAGACAUGUCAUGGCUGGUGCCUGCCACACCGCUGGUCCAUGGGAGCCACCUCUACUGCCCUCAGCCCCAGGCCUCCAGCGUGGGCUCUAGGACAUCAGUGCAUAAGGCGGUGCACCUGGAGCCCAGGACCCCAUGUGCAAGCAGGGAUGCAGAUGAAGCCACCGACACGUUUCCAGUCCUUGUGCCGCGGAUGGUGCCACCACAGCUGGUUACUGCCUCCCCAGGGAACUCUGAGGGCAGAAGGCGUGCCCCCAGAAACCCCUACGGUCAGCAGCCCAGGCACCACCUCUCUCCUGUAGCUCCCUGUCCACCACGGAGAUGCUCACCACCCAGGCCACUCUGGCUGAGUCAGGCCACUUCGAGUGAGGUGGUGGAAGUCGAGGACAGUGACGACGAACCUGGGGUGGCUCCCCACCAGGCAAACAGCAGCCCCCUGCUGGACAGGGAGCCCCCCAUUCCCGUGGACGACUGCUGCUGGAGUGCAGAACCCCUCUCACCAAUUCCCAUCGACCACCUGAACAUGGAGCGGACCGGCCCCCUGAGCACCAGCAGCCCUAGCACCAGGGCAAGGGAGGCCUCGGGUCACCUGGCCUGUGACUCCCCCGGGCCCCUGGACACCACCCCGAUCCGGAGGAACUGCCCUAACUUGGGAGGAAUUCAAGAGCAGUCCCCUCUGGCCAGCUCUCCAGGGGGCAGCAAGCUGAGCUAUCUGAAUUCAGCUUUGUGGGACGACUGGGACGGGGAAGAGAAGUCUCCAGAGCUUCUCCCUCUGACCCAGAGACGAAGCGCAAACCGAGCUGGAAGACCUGGAGGCUCAGAGACACCCAAAGGUACUCACCGGAAGAAGAACUUACCCCCCAAAGUGCCCAUCACCCCAAUGCCACGAUACUCCAUUAUGGAGACCCCGGUGCUGAAGAAAGAGCUGGACAGGUUUGGAGUCCGUCCUCUGCCCAAGCGCCAGAUGGUUCUCAAGCUAAAGGAGAUAUUCCAGUACACCCACCAGACCCUGGAGUCCGACUCUGAGGAUGAGAUCCCAUCCUCACAGGUGCCUCCAACCCACACCUUCUCCGCUGCCACCACCACCGAGGCCACCAAGACUUCAAGGGCAGGAGGUCACCUCCUGCCAGAAGAUACUGCUGGCCCCAACCUCCAAAAACCAACAGGGCCCACUGAGAUCAAAAGCCCCCGACGCAGGAGGAAGCAGCCAGGGAAAACCCCCCCAGCCCUGCACACGCCUCCAGGCUCCGAUGGUGACGGCCAGCUUCCCGCCUCCCAGGAGUCUGCAGCCAGCUCAGUGACCAGCAGUGAUGGGUCCUGGGGCUCACAGAGCUCUUCCACCGGUGAGUUUGGAGUGGCCUUUGAGUCUGAGGGUGCUGAUGAAGGUGAGGAGGGGGUAACUGCCUCACAGGCGGCCACCAGGACAGCCGACACGGAGGCGGCAGUGUGGCGCUACAUCCGCUCCCAGCCCGCACUGUACCUGAAGGUCCUGCGGUACCAGCCCCUGGAGCUGGCAGCCCUACAGGCGGAGCUGAGGCAGAACGGCAUCCGCCUGGCCACGGGGAAGCUGCUGGACUUCCUGGAUGCCCAGUGCAUCACCUUCACCACCGCGGCUGCCAGGAAGGAGCGACUCCAGAGGAAGAGGGGCCGGCGGCCUGCGGGCAGAAAGAAGCGCGGGCAGGACUGA